AUGCGCAGCUACACGUGGGUAAUGGCGCUGAUCGCGUACAUGACGCUUUCCCUCUGUCUGUCGAUCGGUUGGUCACUUCCGGCCAGCGUGAGUUCCAGUGGCUCGGGCGGUAACAGUAACGGGGGCAACGAUCUCGACCUGGACGACCUAACCCGCGAUCGUGUAUCGGGACAGGGGGAAAUAUCAACGUCCCAGUUUCAGCACAUGCUAGCCGUCCGAUCGCCAAAGUACAACUUUGGGCUCGGUAAGCGGCGCUACAUCAUCGAGGACGUGCCCGGUGCAAAACGGUUACCCCAUUAUAACUUCGGUCUCGGAAAGCGCGGGAGCCCUUUGGGAGGCAACGACUACGAGUACGAUGGGUUGAUGGGCAAUCAGCUCGGAUGGAACGAUAACGACUACACCAAUCUGAUCACGAAGGAUGGUCAGUUCGAUUACGACGCAGAAAAGGACAAAGACGCUGCGAAACGAUCUGCCUCUGGUAAUGGUGCUGGUGCCGCGUAUCGCUAUCAUUUCGGCUUGGGCAAGAGACGCACCUACGACUUUGGUCUCGGUAAGCGUUACUUCGACGCGGAAGACUUCAACAAGCGACUGCCAAACCGGUACAACUUUGGCCUCGGCAAGCGCUAA